AUGUCGUGUGAUUUUUUUCCCCUUUUUCUAGAGUCUUACGUGGUGUACCUAGGUGGCCAUUCACAUGGAGCUCAACCUCCUUCUGCAUCGGACUUCAGCAGAAUUACUGAUUCCCAUCAUGAUCUUUUGGGUUCUUGCAUGAGCAGCAAGAAGAAAGCACGAGAAGCAAUUUUUUACUCCUACACACGUUACAUAAAUGGUUUUGCUGCUGUUCUUGAAGACGAAGAGGCAGCUGAACUCUCAAAGAAACCAGGAGUUGUAUCUGUUUUCUUAAACCAGAAAAAUGAGCUGCACACGACUAGGUCCUGGGAGUUUCUUGGACUAGAGAGAAAUGGAGAGAUUCCUGCAGAUUCCAUCUGGACAAAGGGGAAAUUUGGAGAAGAUAUAAUUAUUGGAAACCUUGACACUGGUGUUUGGCCAGAAUCAGAAAGCUUCAAUGACCAAGGAAUAGGACCAAUUCCGUCAAAGUGGAAAGGUUACUGUGAGACCAAUGAUGGUGUUAAGUGCAACAGGAAGCUGAUUGGAGCGAGGUACUUCAACAAAGGGUAUGAAGCAGCCUUGGGGAAACCGCUCAAUUCUUCCUACCAAACUGCACGAGAUACAGAUAGGCAUGGCACGCAUACACUGUCCACAGCUGGCGGUGGAUUUGUUGGUGGAGCAAACCUCUUGGGUUCAGGCUAUGGGACUGCAAAGGGCGGAUCUCCUAGUGCUCGAGUUGCCUCAUACAAGGUUUGCUGGCCAAGUUGCUAUGAUGCUGAUAUAUUGGCUGCCUUUGAUGCUGCCAUACAUGAUGGGGUUGACGUCCUCUCUCUUUCACUUGGAUUCCCUCGUGGUUAUUUCUUAGACAGCGUAGCAGUUGGAUCUUUUCAGGCUGUCAAGAAUGGAAUUGUUGUAGUCUGUUCCGCUGGGAAUUCCGGACCCACGCCUGGGAGUGUUGAAAAUUCGGCACCAUGGAUUAUAACUGUUGCAGCUAGUACAAUUGAUAGGGAUUCUCCCUCUUAUGUCAUGUUGGGCAAUAACAGGCAAUUCAAGGGCCUGAGCUUCUAUACCAAUAGUUUACCGGCUGAGAAGUUUUAUCCCCUGGUAUAUUCUGUAGAUGCUAGAGCUCCUAAUGCUUCUGCAAGAGACGCACAACUUUGCUUUGUUGGAUCCCUGGACCCCGAGAAGGUGAAAGGGAAGAUAGUAUACUGCCUGAUUGGCCUCAAUGAAAUCGUUCAGAAGAGCUGGGUGGUUGCUCAGGCAGGUGGCAUCGGGAUGAUUCUUGCUAACCGUCUGUCCACUAGUACAUUGAUUCCUCAGGCCCACUUUGUUCCCACUUCAUAUGUCUCUGCAGCUGAUGGUCUUGCCAUUUUGUUAUACAUCCACAUUACAAAGUAAAGAUCUUUCUGUCUCUAAAUGCUUAAUUCCAGAUUGUUAGCUUC